AUGCCUGACCAUGACAGCACAGCCCUCUUAAGCCGGCAAACCAAGAGGAGAAGAGUUGACAUUGGAGUGAAAAGGACAGUAGGGACAGCGUCUGCAUUUUUUGCUAAGGCAAGGGCAACAUUUUUCAGUGCCAUGAAUCCCCAAGGCUCAGAGCAGGAUGUUGACUAUUCUGUGGUACAACAGGCAGAUGGGGAGAAGUCGAACGUACUCCGCAAGCUGCUGAAGAGGGCGAACUCGUAUGAAGAUGCCAUGAUGCCUUUUCCAGGAGCAACUAUAAUUUCCCAGCUGUUGAAAAAUAACAUGAACAAAAACGGUGGCACCGAGCCCAGUUUCCAAGCCAGCGGUCUCUCUAGCACAGGCUCCGAAGUACAUCAGGAGGAUAUAUGCAGCAACUCUUCAAGAGACAGCCCCCCAGAGUGUCUUUCCCCUUUUGGCAGGCCUACUAUGAGCCAGUUUGAUGUGGAUCGCUUAUGUGAUGAGCACCUGAGAGCAAAACGCGCCCGGGUUGAGAAUAUCAUCCGGGGUAUGAGCCAUUCCCCCAGUGUGGCAUUAAGGGGCAAUGAAAAUGAAAGAGAGAUGGCCCCACAGUCUGUUAGUCCCCGAGAAAGUUACAGAGAAAACAAACGCAAGCAGAAGCUGCCCCAGCAGCAGCAACAGAGUUUCCAGCAGCUGGUUUCAGCCCGAAAAGAACAGAAGCGUGAGGAGCGCCGGCAGCUGAAGCAGCAGCUGGAGGACAUGCAGAAGCAGCUGCGCCAGCUGCAGGAGAAGUUCUACCAGGUCUAUGACAGCACCGACUCUGAAAAUGAUGAAGAUGGCGACCUGUCUGAAGACAGCAUGCGCUCGGAGAUCCUGGAUGCACGGGCCCAGGACUCGGUGGGGCGCUCAGACAAUGAGAUGUGUGAGCUGGACCCGGGGCAGUUCAUCGACAGGGCUCGAGCCCUGAUCAGGGAGCAGGAGAUGGCCGAGAACAAGCCGAAGCGAGAAGGCAGCAACAAAGAGAGAGACCACGGGCCAAAUUCCUUGCAGCCAGAAGGCAAGCAUCUGGCAGAGACCUUAAAACAGGAGCUGAACACGGCCAUGUCACAGGUCGUGGACACGGUGGUCAAAGUCUUCUCAGCCAAACCCUCUCGCCAGGUUCCUCAGGUCUUCCCACCUCUCCAGAUCCCCCAGGCCAGAUUCGCAGUCAAUGGGGAAAACCACAAUUUCCAUACGGCCAACCAACGCCUGCAAUGCUUUGGUGACGUCAUCAUUCCGAACCCCCUGGACACCUUUGGCAAUGUGCAGAUGCCCAGUUCCACAGACCAGACAGAAGCACUUCCCCUGGUGGUCCGCAAAAACUCUUCUGAGCAAUCUGCCUCUGGCCCAGCCACUGGUGGCCACCACCAGCCCCUGCACCAGUCUCCUCUCUCUGCCACCGCCGGCUUCACCACCCCCAGCUUCCGCCAUCCCUUCCCCUUGCCCUUGAUGGCCUACCCAUUUCAGAGUCCACUAGGUGCUCCCUCGGGCUCCUUCUCGGGAAAAGACAGAGCCUCUCCCGAGUCCUUAGACUUAACUAGGGACACAACGAGUCUGAGGACCAAGAUGUCAUCCCACCAUCUGAGCCACCACCCCUGUUCACCAGCACACCCACCCAGCACUGCAGAAGGACUCUCUUUGUCACUCAUAAAGUCUGAGUGUGGAGAUCUUCAAGAUAUGUCUGACAUCUCACCUUAUUCGGGAAGCGCAAUGCAGGAAGGGUUAUCACCCAAUCACUUGAAAAAGGCAAAGCUCAUGUUCUUUUACACCCGCUACCCAAGCUCCAACAUGCUGAAGACCUAUUUCUCUGAUGUGAAGUUCAACAGAUGCAUUACCUCCCAGCUCAUCAAGUGGUUCAGCAAUUUCCGUGAGUUUUACUAUAUUCAGAUGGAGAAGUACGCUCGUCAAGCCAUCAAUGACGGGGUCACCAGCACAGAAGAGCUGUCCAUCACUAGAGACUGUGAGCUGUACCGAGCCCUCAAUAUGCACUACAACAAAGCGAAUGACUUUGAGGUUCCAGAGAGAUUCCUGGAAGUUGCGCAGAUCACAUUACGGGAGUUUUUCAAUGCCAUCAUCGCAGGCAAAGAUGUUGACCCUUCCUGGAAGAAGGCCAUAUACAAGGUCAUCUGCAAGCUGGAUAGUGAAGUUCCUGAGAUUUUCAAAUCCCCGAACUGCCUACAAGAACUCCUCCAUGAGUAG